AUGGCCUCGCGGCUCCUGCAUCGGCUGCGGCACGCCCUGACCGGCGACAGCCCCGGGGAGGCAGCGGCCGGCCCCGAGGCCGAGCAGUUCCCGGAGAGCUCGGAACUGGAGGACGACGACGCCGAGGGCCUGUCAUCCCGCCUCAGCGGCACCCUCAGCUUCACCAGUGCCGAGGACGACGAGGACCAGGAUGACGAGGACGACGAGGAGGCUGACCCCGACCCGCUGCCCGAUGGGGACUGGGCGGCGGGAGAAGACGCAGGCCCAUCCUGUGCUCAUGCAGAACGGAGUUCCCCACCUGAUGGGCAGCGGGGCAGUCAGCUCCUGACACGGCAGUUGCAAGAUUUCUGGAAGAAGUCCCGGAACACCCUGGUACCCCAGCGGCUGCUCUUUGAGGUGACCAGCGCCAACGUGGUCAAGGACCCGCCCUCCAAGUACGUGCUCUACACCCUCGCCGUGAUGGGCCCAGGGUCACCGGGUCGCCAGCCAGCCCAGAUCUCCCGCCGAUACUCGGACUUCGAGCGGUUGCACCGAAACCUGCAGCGGCAGUUCCGGGGCCCCAUGGCUGCCAUCUCCUUCCCCCGCAAGCGCCUGCGCCGGAACUUUACCGCAGAGACCAUCGCCCGGCGCAGCCGGGCCUUCGAGCAGUUUUUGGGCCACCUCCAGGCAGUCCCUGAGCUGCGCCAGGCCCCGGACCUGCAAGACUUCUUUGUGCUGCCAGAGCUGCGGCGGGCGCAGAGCCUCACCUGCACUGGCCUCUACCGCGAGGCCCUGGCGCUCUGGGCCAACGCCUGGCAGCUGCAAGCCCAGCUGGGUGUCCCCUCAGGCCCAGACCGCCCUCUGCUGACCCUGGCGGGGCUGGCUGUGUGCCACCAGGAGCUGGAGGACCCUGGGGAGGCCAGGGCAUGCUGUGAGAAGGCCCUACAGCUGCUGGGGGACAAGAGCCCUCACCCUUUUCUGGCACCCUUUCUGGAGGCCCACGUGCGGCUCUCCUGGCACCUGGGCCUGGACAAACACCAGUCAGAGGCCCGGCUCCAGGCCCUGCAAGAGGCAGGCCUGACGCCCACGCCACCCCCCAGUCUCAAAGAACUACUCAUCAAGGAGGUGCUGGACUAA